GAUCGACGUAUAACUGCAGAGAUCAGAUCUCAGGAGGCACAGUAGCCAUUGACACGGCACCUUGGUGAAAUCGACACCCCUAGGCGCGUGCAGUUGGUUUGCUUUGAAGAGUGCUUUCUACAUACCGUAUAUUUUCCAGAAUAAUAUCUUUCUGUUUUCGAAUCGACACUUGAUCUUGGGGCUUUAUGAUUCGCUUGAUGAGAAAUGCCAACCGAUACAACCGCCAGCUCGCUACGUUGUAAAAUAUUUCUUUCCGAUCAACAAAUCGGUCAUUAUAUACUAGCGUAGUCGGAAUGGACAUCGGAAGGAGAAUGUGAUUGAAAAUAAUAUGUGUUGGUGAUUUUCAGUGACUACGGUUUCCUAAUUAUUAUCGCCGAUCGGUCAGCUGAGUGUUGGAUAUAAAUGAACUUGAUAAGGCCAAGUUGUGUAUUGGAUCUGCUUUAUUCAUGUUCAGGAAGUGUUUAAUUUUUGUCGUUCGAGACUGCUGCACGUAACGUUAAAUUUUUCACAGCGAAAAUCCGCUACCCCAACGUAACCGCAAGUGCAACUGCAUCGGAUAGUAUAACAUCGAUCGCGUUUGUAUCGAAGAAACCAGAGCGAUGAGGAGGUGCGAAGCAGGUGCGAUAAUCGCCUUCGUUAUCUUGAUGCAAGGCCCCGUCGAGGGAAUGUCCUUCAACAUCCUGAGGGCCAUCUUAUCACCGCCGGUCCCACGAAUUACUCGCGUCAGAAACGCGUCUCCUCGAGAGCUCAGGCUGAAGAAUUCCUUAGCGGUCUCUGACUUCCUGGGAUUGGUUAAGCAGUAUCAUUAUCCAGCCGAGGAGCACAACGUGACGACCAUAGAUGGCUAUAAUUUAAGAUUCCACAGAAUUCCUGGUAGCGCACGUUCAUCUUUAGUCAAAAGGAAGCCCGUAGUUUUCGUCCAGCAUGGCCUCUUCGCGUCGUCUGACAGUUGGGUCUUAAUGGGCCCUGGAAGGGAUUUAGCUUAUCUCUUGGUCGACGCCGGAUACGACGUGUGGAUGUUGAACGUAAGGGGAAACAGGUACAGCCGAAGACAUCUAAGCUUAUCUCCAAACCGUCCGGAGUUCUGGCAUUUCAGUUGGCACGAGAAUGGAGUCUACGACAUGACGGCAACGAUUGACUACAUGUUGGCGAUAACGGGAGUGCCGAAAGUUACGGUGAUCGGUCACUCCAUGGGAUGCACAAUCGCUGCUGUUCUCCUCUCGGUUCUACCGGAAUACAACAGAAAGGUCGAUCUCGUCGUGGCUUUGGCACCGGUCAUUAUUUGGACGGCUCAAUAUCGGGGACCGUUUAGUUUGGGUGUGAGAUUUGCCAAGAGGGCGUUUGAUUCCAUCAGGCGGCUUGGCGUCGAAGAAAUUCUUCCUCUCAGAGAAUCGACGUCACAACUGUUCUCAGGCGUCUGUCGAUCACCGUCGAUCAGAGAAAUGUGCAAAUGGUUAAUUUUUCUUUUAGCCGGAAGCGCGGACCCCGAGCAAUUAGAUUCCGCGAUCGUACCAUCCUUGCUCGAGCAUUACCCCGCCGGAACUUCCCUGAACACGAUCGAGCAUUACUGGCAAAAUAUAGCAAAUGAAAGCUUCAGGGAAUUUGAUUACGGAUAUGGAAAGAAUUACGCUCGAUACGGCAGCGAUAUUCCACCGGAAUACCCGUUGCACAAGAUCACAGUGCCUUUUCUGAUAUACUACGGUGUUAACGAUCCGUUGGCACAACCGCCGGAUAUCAGAGCCCUCGCAGAGCGGCUACCAAACGUCGUGGCAACGAAGGCGGUGCCUUGGCCGUUUUUCAAUCAUUUCGACUUCGUCCUUUCUAAGGACGCUAAAACUCUGCUGUACGACGACAUCAUGGUCAUUGUAAAAAAGUACAAAUCGUUAGGAAAUCGAACGUUGGGAUCGACGAUGAAGCUGUUCCUCGUUCUUCUGGCAGCCUUAAUCGGCUCUGCCAUUGCAGAUGACGGUGAGGUAGUAUGGACCGAGGAAAUGGUCCAGGACCUUUUCACUCGCUCAUCCGACAACGUGGUUGCAACAAUCCCUGAACUGAUUACCGACAAUGGUUACCUCGCCGAGACUCAUCAUGUGGUCACCGAGGAUGGAUACAUACUUGAAAUGCAUCGUGUCAACGCACCUUCCAGAAUACCUGUAACCCGAAGGAAGCCAGUCGCUUUCCUCAUGCACGGUCUUUUAUCUAGUUCCGCUGACUGGCUUAUCAUGGGACAUGGAAAGUCUUUGGGAUACCUCUUAGCUGACGCUGGUUACGACGUGUGGCUGGGCAAUGCUAGAGGAAACACACACUCCAAGAAUCACACCACCAUCACGAAUUUGAACGGCCGAAGAUUCUGGAAGUUUGACUGGCAUGAAAUUGGUGUCCACGAUCUUCCUGCAAUGAUCGACUAUGUUCUGGAUACUACGCACGAGAAGCAAGUGGUCUACAUGGGUCACAGCCAAGGCACAACUGCGUUCUACGUAAUGGCCGCUGAGAGGCCCGAGUACAACGACAAGAUCAAGGUCAUGUUUUCCUUGGCACCUGUCGCUUACAUGUCGAACCUUUUUAGUCCGAUGUUGAGGAUUGCGGCCACCUUCACAAAUACCCUGGAGACAUUCUUCAAUAUCUUCGGCAUGUACGAGUUCAUGCCAAGCUCCGAUCUGCUCAGUGCGGCUGGUUCCACUUUCUGCAACGACGAUGCUUUGACUCAAUUCCUCUGCACUAACGUUCUCUUCGUUAUGUGCGGCUUCAACCGAGCCCAGCUUAACACCACUUUGCUGCCGACCAUCUUCCAAUAUUCUCCAGCUGGCGCGUCAUCUCGUCAACUGGUUCACUACGGUCAAGAAAUUCAAUCCGGCUACUUCCGCUGGUGGGAUCACGGCAUAACUAGCAAUUUGAUCAACUACGGAUCAUUCAGACCACCAAACUACGAUCUGAGCAAAAUUACUGCGCCUGUUCACCUGAUCUACAGUGACAACGACUGGAUGGCUGCUGUAAAGGACGUUGAGCAGUUGCACGCCGAGCUUGGAAACUCCGUCGAACUUUACCGAGUCCUCGAUGGAAAAUGGAAUCACCUCGACUUCGUAUGGGGCAUCAAUGCCAAAGAACUCGUCUACGACCCUAUCCUAACCAGAUUGGCAGCAGACUACGCAGAAUGAACGAUUUAUCAUGUUUAAAUAAACACAAGGUUUACUAUACACAGCAUAAA